CAGCAGAGGAGGUCGACCUGAACGUGGUUUAUCAGGCGGCCGCCAACGGAGACGUCAACACUUUGACGUCCGUCAUCCGCGAGGACCCCUCCAUUUUGGAAUGCUGUGAUGGCGAAGGUAACGUGGCGGCAGCUUGGAUGUAGGUGGAUGUUUGAAGCGUGAAUCAGAAGCAAAGUCAGGGCCAGACUGCUGGAGAUCUAGGCCUCACACUAAGAAUAAAUCCCCAAGACGUACCUGAGCAUGGCAGCAAGGGACCUUCGACAUACAGUCAGAUAGUUACCUAGCCAAGUACUACACCAGCUUAACACCGUAUCUAUAAGCAGCUAAAGUACACCUAGCAGGGGAUUGCAUAUUUAGACUACGCAAUCAAAAUCAACUUUUAUGUGCUGGUCCGUAAACAGAUAUCACACCUGACUUUAGAAAACACUACCCAGAAUGCAAUGCAUUUAGCCAGUUGAAGCAAUAUUUUAAUGGCAGAACCUGUUUCCACAAAUUUGUAUUAAAUUCCAUCGAUCUAGUUUCCAAACCGCUUAUCCUACUGGGUCGCGGGGGGUCCGGAGCCUAUCCCGGAAGCAAUGGGCAUGAGGCAGGGAAUAUUAAAUUCAGUGUCCUAAUUUGUAUCAUUGCAUAAGCGUUGGUUACAUAGUGGUUAUCAUAGCUGCCUAGCAAGUGACCUGGGAUUGAUUGCUAGCCAGUCGAACCCAGCUUAUACCGAAUCCCAGAAUUAAUGAAUAAUGUAUAUUUGUCUAACAUUUAUCUGUGACCACUAUUCAAACAAUAAUAAUGGCCAGUGGUGUAUCUAGGAAUUAUGAACCCAAUGACAGGCAGGUUGUUUAGGUUCCUAAGCCACAACCCAAAAUAGUAAACAGCUGCUUUCCUAGAAUUUGUACUUUUGUUAACUACAUUUUUUUGGGAAUGGACUUUGUUCAGAUAGCUACAGUAUAUACCUAGAUGACAACCACUGAUCUAUAUAGCUAGCUGCUUAAUGAUUGAUUUGCUGUGGUACAUUCAGGGUAAAAGCUUGUUGAACUUGUUGUUUUUUUGUCAUUCUUAGAAAUUGCUUCAAAUACAGACGGUAUCAUUUGGGAUGGUUACGCAGAGAUUGAUAACAGUAAUUAAUGCCGAUUGCUAUUUCAAUUAUUAGUGUCAACUAAGCCAAAACAAGCCCUAUAAAUCUAUAAAUUCAAUUUAAGACGAUAACAACUUGCAAUAACUCAACGUUCUGAGGUUGUCCUCAUCCUCGGCCCUGGUUCACCGUUCCUCUUUGCACCCCGCUAAAGGCUAACCACUAAAAUUCUAUUUAAGAGAAUUCUGCCAUCCGAUCCACGGUGUCUCCUGCUUUCUGCCUUGUGUAACCAGGGACCGCAGGCUAACAGUCACCCCGUACUGGAUAAGCGGAAGGCUCCACGCCACUGAUGCACGCAGUCUCAGGCCGGCAGGUGGACACAGUGAAACUCUUACUGAAGAUGGGAGCAUCCAUUAACACUCAGGACGCGUGUGGAAGGACCUCCCUCUCUCUGGCAACAUACUUGGGGUGGCUUGAGGGCUGUGUUUGCCUUCUCCGUAACGGUGCGAAGCAAAACAUCCCUGACAAAAAUGGGCGGCUUCCUCUCCAUGCUGCCACCGCUGAGACAGACCUCAGGCUCAUGGCUGUUCUACUACAGCAAUCAACACUGUGCGAAAUAAAUCACCAGGACAACGAGGGAAUGACAGCUCUGCACUGGGCUUCCUUCCACAAUCGGCCCCAACACGUACAGGCCCUCUUACAGAAGGGUGCAGACCCCACGCUUGUGGACAAGGACUUCAAGACUGCCCUGCACUGGGCUGUCCAGAGUGGGAGCAGAUACAUGUGCUCGUUGAUCCUGGAUCACCACCUGGGGGCAUCAGUCAUCAACUAUGAUGACGAAAACGGCAAGACAUGUGUGCACAUUGCUGCCGCUGCCGGCUUCAGUGACAUCAUCUAUGAGCUAGCCGCCGUCCCCGAGACCAACCUGCAGGCGCUCGACGUCGAUGAGAGAACCCCCCUGCACUGGGCCGCAGCGGCUGGAAAGGCUGAAUGUGUCCAGGCUCUGCUGCAGCUGGGCGUGGAGCCUGACCCCCGGGACAUAAACGAGAACACCCCUCUUACGUACGCUAUGUACUGUGGACACACGGCAUGCAUCAAGCUCCUCUCAGCUGACAGCAGAUCUGAGGCAGCCAGAAAGCUGCACCCCCUGAAGAGCAACCAGUGUCAGAAGAAGGAAGGGAAAUUCAGCAUGUUCAACCAGAUUUUCUCCUGCAAGAAGCGGAAGGAGCCUCAACUAGGGAGGCAGAGGGAGAAGAAUAGAGAUCACUGCAUGAAAGAGGAAACCUCGGAGGUGGAUGACAUCAUCACCAUGUUUGACUCCAUCAUGGACUCAUCUGAGAAGGAGCAGCCAGAGACAAGCUCAGAUGCCAGAAAAAGAUCCAGUGACACCCAGAAGCUUCAUCUUUUGGAGGAUCGAAUGGGGAAGGAGUACAAAGGCCUUCCUCCAAUAAGAACUCAAAGUCUUCCACCCAUCACUCUGGGAAACUCUUUGUUGGCCGGCUCCAAAAGUGCCGUAGAAGGCAGCCGAGCAGGGCAGAUGGCUCACCACUUUGCCCAUAGGUCUCAAAAAAGCAGAAGUGAGCAUGACCUUUUUGACAACAGGUCCAAAGGACAGGUGCGGCCCAGUGAUCCAUGGAAAUCGGAGUCCAGUCAGAUACUGUCACACAAAGUGUGGACUGCCUCACCUUCAGAAAAGCUGCUGGCUGGAUUACUACAGGAGAAGCCCAGUGGCCUGGAUGUGCACAAAUGCUGCAACCAAAUGCCAUAUGUGCAGAAAAAUGAACAAGCUCCGAAUAUGCACUUACUUCCCCUGGAUAGGCUGAAGCUGAGGGACACAGCCGUUACACGGAACAGCCUGGCUCCCAUACGCGACCACUGCACGCACAGGUUUUCCCUGCCUCCUGACCAAGUGUCCCAGGGUGUGAAGAAAUCCAGAUCCAUGCCUCUGAAUUCCCUGAGCCGGAGCACGGCUGGCCUUCCUGUCCCCUCGGCCGGAAGGUCCCUCCGGAUCGGCAUGCCUCAGAGCCAGUCGCUCUGCUCCUUCUCGCCCAUCCAGACAGGAGACCUCCUACGCAGCGUCCAUGUCUUGCCCGCCAUCCCAUCCCGGAGGAAACGCACCUCAUCCCCUUCUGAACCCCAAAGAGUAGACAAAACCUGAAGCCUCUCAACUGCCUCGGGCUGGCGGUGGUGUGAGGGCUGAUGGGUAAUUAACCAGACCCACUGCUGUGUCUCCUCCUAUCAAUGCAAUGCAGGAUUUAAAGAUAUGCUGCUCACAAGCGGCGAGCAUCAUAGGAAGAAGUUGUUCCCCUGCACACCCACAUUUCCUCACUAUCCUUUAUAUAUUAACUAGAUUUUAUGGACUCAGAAGGGGUUUCUGUCUUUGAAUAUUCCAGUCUUUACAAAUUAUGCCAAAUUUGCCACUGCAGAACUUAUCUUUGUUUAUUUAAAUAUCCUAUUUUUGCAGAUUUUUUAACAUGGUGAUAUUCCAUGUCCAAAGGCACGUACUGUUUACAGUUUAAUCUCUUUCACUUCCUGUAUUUACGUUUCUUUAAGGUGUUUUGUGGAUUUUAUGUAAGAAUCAAUAAAAUGUAUAAAACAUUUCAGAAUCUGGAUUUUCACACUUAAAAAAAAAACACUUUUUUAGUACAAAAAUGUGAAAUUUUAAUUUAAAAGACACUGGAUCAUAAGUCCCACUGGCAGUCAAAUUCAGUAGAUGAUCAAAGUUAAUAUAUACUUCAAUUUGAAUUAGGUGUUUCUUAUUGAAUAAACCAAGUGAAAAGAUUGGUUAAAAAACU